AUGCAUGCACGGGCCUUGGGGACCAACAGAACCAGCGGCGGCAUUGAGCCGUACCUCUCUGGCAUCAAAACGGGCAUUUUCUCCGGCCGAGUGCCCUCUCCUCCGGCGGCAGCGUUUGCCCCUGGCCUGAGGAAGUACCCCCAGGAGGGGGCGAUACCCUCCUUCACGGCCUCCCCCAGUCAAGCGAAGGCGCUGCUGGCGAGCCUGACCGCCUCUGGCCUGAGCGCCGAGGCCCUGCUCCUCUCCUCCGCCCUCCGUCAUCACCGGCUUCUGCGCGAGCAGCGAGCCUCCUCCAUGUCCCUGCCCAGCAGCCAGUCCUCUUCCCCUACUCCUACCCCCUCCUCCUCUUCCUCUUCUUCUUCACCCACCACUCCUACUCCUACUCCCUCCUUGUCUCCCUCCUCUCCCACCCCUUUGGGUUCCUCCCUCACCCUCUCCUCUGGGGAUCUCAAGCCCGGCGGUCGUAGCCUUGACAGCUGCAGCCUCGACAAGGAGGAGGGUGUGAAGAGGGACCUCACCCCCGGCAACGCUCUUUCUCCUCUGAAGUUCUCCUACACGGUCGUGCUGCCAUUUGUCCCAGCUGGAGAGCGGCACAAGCGGCCCCCUCCCCUCCCCACCAGCUGCCGGCUGUAA